AGUAACUUUAUUUUGUUGGACAAUAAAUGUCUGAAAGCAAUGUACAAUCAAUCUGAUACACAUUUUUGAGUCCUGUAAAUACUCUCCAUGUGCUAAGGAAUUAUCACCACUAGGUGGCAAUGUCAUCCCAGUUUCCUGGGAUGAGCAUUCGGUGGUCCUGCCCCUUCUGGAAUGGUUUUGUUCAAGUCAUCAGAGGAGACGGAACCUUCACGAGAGACGGAUGUUGCUGUCGUUUCAUUCCUGUUUUGCCUUAGGUUUUGGGAUGAAUUCAAGAUACAUAUUGUGUCCGUUUGGAGGUUUCAAUCUUCUGUGGAAUUAGGACUCGAGUGCUGUAAUCCAAGCUGGGAGGAUGGGAGCAGCAGGACAAAGGCGAGGACUCUGUCUCUGCGUCAUAUUGGUUUGUUUGGAGCAGGUUGCAGCACAGAUCAAAUAUUCCAUCGCGGAGGAAGUCAAAGUGGGAACCGUGGUGGGAAACGUGGCCAGGGAUCUGGGACUGGACGUGGGCUCGUUGGCGGAGAGACGUUUUCGCAUUGUUUCAGGCUCAGAGGGGGCUCAGUUUGAGGUAAAUGCAAACAAUGGCGUUCUCUUUGUGCGGAAAAGCGUCGACCGAGAGGAGCUCUGUGAGGGCGUCUCGCCGUGUUUAGUGAGGCUGAAAUUAGUCGCAGAGAAUCCCAUGGAAAUACAUCACGUGGGCGUAGAAAUUUUGGAUAUUAAUGACAAUUCGCCCACUUUUCAAGAGCUAGAGAAGAGUUUAGAAAUAUAUGAAUCCAUAACUGCUGGAAAACGCUUCCAAUUACCAAUCGCACAUGAUCCAGAUGGUGUUGUCAAUACGGUGCGUGCGUACAAAUUAAACCCAAACGAAUACUUUAAUUUACAAAUUCGAGAGAUAGGAGAUGACAAGAUACCCUUUUUAGUCAUACAAAAGUCUUUAGACCGAGAAAAACAUGCUGAGCACAGACUUGUUCUCACUGCAGUUGACGGUGGAAAUCCACCAAGAUCUGGAAGUCUUAAUGUCACCGUUAUCGUGCUUGACGCUAAUGAUAACCACCCGACAUUUAAACAAGAGUUGCAUUCCAUCACUUUAUCUGAAAAUGUCAAAUUGGGCACAAGCGUUAUCAAGGUGGAAGCAACUGACCCGGACGAAGGAUUAAACGGCGAAGUUGAAUAUUAUUUUGGUGGAGAACUUGACUCUGAAAUCUAUGAAAUGUUUAGUUUGGAUAAAAACACGGGUGAAAUAAGAGUCAAAGGUCAAAUUGAUUUUGAGAAGGUUGACAUUUACAAAUUAGACGUCCAUGCUACAGACAAAGGACAACCUCCUUUGACAACCGAUUGCAGGGUGAUCAUUAAAAUCGUUGACGAAAAUGACAACCGGCCCGAAAUCGACGUGACAUCUUUGUCAAAAACCGUAGCGGAAGAUUCCAAACCUGGGACUGUCGUUUCUCUUAUAAGCAUCACAGACAAAGACGUCGGACUGAACGGCAAAGUCAUAUGUAGUCUUUCACAAAAUGUCCCAUUCGAACUAAAACCUUCCUUUCAGGAUAACAUGUACUCGUUGGUUCUGAAAGACAGACUGGAUCGAGAAUUAGUGUCGGAUUAUGACAUCACAAUCACAGCGACAGACUGCGGUCAACCUCCUCUGUCCACUUUUCAAAUUCUGCACGUGGUCGUGUCAGACGUUAACGAUAAUAUUCCAACAUUCUCGCACGAUCCAAUCCAACUUUAUUUGCCGGAAAAUAACGUGCCAGGGAACUCCAUUUUUUCCGUCACCGCAUUCGAUAAAGACCUGAAUGAAAACGCAGCGCUGACGUAUCACAUUAAGAGAGGACAAGGAAGUCAAGUGGACAUGUCAACAUUUUUAAGCAUCAACCCUGAGAACGGCGACAUAUCGGCGCUGAAGAGUUUUGACUUUGAGGCGCUGAAAAGCUUCCAGUUCCAGGUGUCGGCCACCGACGACGGAAGUCCUCCGCUGAGCGGCAACGUGACAGUGAAGGUGUUCAUUCUGGAUCAGAACGACAACGCUCCGGUCAUCCUGUAUCCGCUCAGCUCCAACGGUUCCGCCCGAGGCGUCGAGGAGAUUCCCCGCAAUGCCAAAGCGGGAGACUCGGUGACUAAAGUCCGAGCCUACGACGCCGAUACGGGAUAUAACGGCUGGUUACUGUUUUCGCUGCGGCCGCUCGGCGAGCGCGCUCUCUUUUCUUUGGACCGCUAUACGGGCCAGAUCAGAACACUUCGCCCGUUCACGGAGACGGACGAGGCCGAGCAUCGACUGCUCGUACUGGUCAAAGACAACGGCGACGUUUCGCUCUCGGCGACGGCUACCGUGACCGUCAAACUGGCGGAGCCCAAAGAGGCUUUCGCGGCUUCCGACCACGCGGGAAGCGCGGCCGAAGAGGACGAGCGCGAGGACCGGGUGACUUUUUAUCUGGCGCUGACUUUGGGCUCGGUCUCGCUGCUUUUGGUCAUCAGCGUGGUGGUGCUGAUCGCCAUGCGCUGCUCCAAAUCCGCAGAGUACACUUCCAAAUAUCUCCAAGACGCUCAUUACGACGGCACGCUGUGUCACAGCAUCCAGUACAGAUCGGGAGACAAACGCUACAUGUUAGUCGGACCCAGAAUGAGUGUUGCUUCCGCCGGCGCCCCGGGCAGCCACGCCGGCACGCUGGUUCUGCCCGACGCCAGACGCGCGGCCGCAGGGGAGGGCAAUGACAUGGAUUACCCACUAGACUGCACAAGUGAGAGACAACGAGGCAGGUCAUUAAUCACAAAAGGAAACUCAUGGUGCUUGAUAAACCAGCAGUUAAUGAACAAUAUUAAACUAAACAGGGCGGGGGAAACACACAUAAGGUCCUAAACUAAUGCUAGGGAAUAAUUCACAUCAAACAUCAACUUUAAAGUCAAUCAAUAAGUCAACUUUUGACACAAAGCUGCUCAGCAUGCUGGGAAUUCCAGCGUCAUCUUCCUCGACAAUACAAUAUAUUUAAGUCUAGUUUUCUCAAUCUGCAUCCGACAAUAUAAACCAGGCCUAUUUUACGAGUGGACCAGUUUAAAUAAAAUUUCAUAUGGCCCGCCAGACUUUACCAUUUUGAUUUGAUGUAACGUGUGUGUGUGUUUGCAGUGCUCAAUAAAAUUAUGGCGAUACAAAAACUCAUAUGAUGACAGGUUUUUCCAAGUGGACUUGCUGUAAAUCGUUGCUUGCACAUGUACACAAAAGAUCUACUGGCUCGCACCAAACAAGAUGAGACUACAUCGCUAUUCACUACAAACUUUGAGAAGCAAGACAUGCAUCAAAAUGUCUUCCUUUCUGAUAUGACUGGUGGUCUUGUCCCGUUAAAAAUGUGUGUAGUCCUUGCUUGGUUGUGCAAAGGGGAUAAAUACAUUUAAAAGGGUUGACAAUUUACUUUCUUCAAUGUAUUUCACU